AUGGCUUCUCCGCUUCUUCGCUCAAGGUCAGCACUGCGAGCUGUCUUUGGGCCACAGACUUGUCAACGAUCACUAUGUGCCAAUCGGCCUAGAGCUAGAACCAUUUUUAAUUUCUUUCGCCGGUCUGCCAAACCAGCACAAGAAGAACCCGUUCCGUUGCUGACCGAGGACAACUUAUUUCAUCCGUUCUCGAAAUCUCCAUUUCCUGCAAUACGUGCUCGUGGAGAAGCUAUACAGUCACUGGCCAAAUGUCCAGUGUGCACUUCAAGUCAUUGCAGCACCCAUGGGCACACGAAAUCACAGUCUCUCGCAGUAAAAUUUGAAUGCCCCGACUGUGGUUUCCCGACACAUUGCUCACAGGAGCAUUGGAUGGCUGAUCAAGAGCACAAAAAAUACUGCUCUAAACUUCGAGAAGUUAACGAGGAUGACCAUGAUCUCCGAAGUGGUCGAAAGUUUCGCGAAUUUGAGAUGCCCGGACCACAGGCUUAUGAGGAAGCUAUAUCAUUUGCAAAUUGGGACGUCUUUUGGUAUACACGUGGAUUCCCCUCCAUGGACACGGAACGUUCAAGAAGACACGCUAGCAGAAUUCUUACCUAUCCGCUCACUAUUGGUUCCAUUCUUCAUCAAAAUAGUGGACUGACUUUAAGCAAUCAAAGAGUUACACCUGAGGGAAGUCGCUCACUGGCAGCACUGCGCACCACGCUGCAUGUCCCUCCUGGAGCACCUGAUACAGAAGAGGCUGGUGCCGCGAAACCCCAGAUUCGUAUAUUCAUCCUCGGCGCUCGCGCUGAGUCCUCUUUGCCACCGCAUGUCUGGGAGCAACUUUGCAUGUUGUUCCCAUCCUGUCAUUUCCACCUUUUCUUUAUUGGGCCACAGGUAUCUUUGCCGAAACCGGCUAAUUCUCCCCCUCCGAAACCCCCCAAUAAAUCUGCAACGAAAGAGGAUACUGACACCAACCAAUCUGCGGUGGAAAAUGUAUCUACGACGCACACAUCUACCGACACUGUCAAGCAAGAGGAAGAAGAUAAACCAGUUUACGUGCCGAACGUCUAUGAACCUCCAACACCAGCACCUAUCGCGCCCCUUAAGCGAACACGAUCAUCAGUCGAACUCUACGGCGUUCCCUCUUACACCGUUCCUUAUACCCCUCAGCUCACCAUUACUGGUCUUCAAGCGAACUAUGCUGAAGUUCACGCACAGUUUCAGGAUACCUUUGAUCCCUACACAGACGCGUUUUUCCUGUUCUCUCCUGGUUUUGGCUUCCCGUCGCCCAACUCCGUAUCCGAACUAGAUGGCAAGCCCUACUUGCAAAUUACUUCCCCAACAGAGUGGGGCCCUGUCAUGCCAUCCUUACUCGCAACCCGUUGUGCCAUCUAUGUUACAGGUUUUUCCCCUGCAGAUGUCGAGAGAGACAUUCGUUCCAUCGAGACUGCACCAGAUGUUGCUGGUGAGUUCGAAUGGGUGAUUACUCCGGGGGAGAAUGCAUUUGGGAGCGAAAAAUGGGAGGUCGCAGACUUUGACCCUAGAGUCAUGGUGAAGACGAACUGGGGUGUUUGGGGUAUCAGGGGCAAGGGCCGAGAAGUAAGGGAGCGUAGCUCUUUCAGAUUAUUCUAG